AUGGGUAAUUGUCAGGCAUGUAUGAAUGACCCAUAAAAUAUAAGCGAAUAUGGUGCUCAUUAGAAUGCUAAACAAGCAUCUUUACACUCAAUAGUUAGAAGAUCUUAACCUUUUUCAAAAGCAUCUUUAGCAGAGAUUGUAAAUGCUUCAUAGCACUAAUUGAGAACAAGUCAGAAACCUUCGAUCAAUAUUCAAAAGGAGGCAUCAUUGUCUAUGGUUGGAGAUGGUGCGGAUAUUUAGAAAUAAAAAACAAACUCAGAAUAACUAAUUUCUGUGCAUUGUCCAAUAGCAAAACUGGCGUAGCCUUGGGGUAGACCAGCCAGUGAACUCUAAAGUUUGAUAGGAUCAAAAGUCAAAAUGGUCCUUAGCAGAUUAAAGGAGUAUUAAUAUACUAGAGGAGAUGAUCCCGAAGCAGUAUUUUUAGAGCCUUAAAUAUUUGAACAAGGAAUGGUUUAUGAUGGAUAAUGGAAAUAUGGAUUAAGAUAGGGUAGAGGGAGACAAGUUUGGAAAGAAGGUAGCUAUUAUGAAGGAUAUUGGAAAAAUAGUUGUGCUCAUGGUCAUGGCAGAUUGAUACAUGCAGAUGGAGAUUAUUAUGAAGGAGAAUGGGAUAAUGACAAAGCACAUGGAUAAGGGAAGUAUGUGCAUGCUGAUGGGGCAAGUUAUGAAGGUAGUUGGAAAGAUGAUAAGUAAGAUGGAUUGGGACAUGAAAUAUGGCCGGAUGGUACAAGUUAUAAAGGAGCCUACAUUUAGAGUAAAAAAGAAGGACAUGGUAUAUUUAAAUGGCCAGAUGGAUCAUAUUAUGAGGGUGAAUUCUUAGACAAUGCAAUUCAUGGGAUGGGAACCUAUGUUUGGGGAGAUGGGAGAACCUUUAUAGGAUAAUGGAGAUAAAAUAAAAUGCAUGGAUUAGGAGAGUUCAAAUGGGCAGAUGGGAGAAGAUACAAAGGAUCUUAUUAGAAUGAUAAGAAAUAGGGUUAUGGGACAUUCGAUUGGCCUGAUGGAUCAAAAUACGUGGGAGAAUGGCAUGAUGGCAAAUAACAUGGGCUAGGUUCGGUAGUUGAUGAAAAAGGCGAAGAACACAGAGGAAGAUGGGACAAUGGCACAUUAUUGGAGUGGAUUACUUAAAAGGAUUGA